AUGAAAAAUCAGCUGUUCUGCAAACUCUCUAAAUGUCACUUCCAUGUCACUACAGUCCAUUAUCUUGGCAUUGUUAUAUCCCCGGCUGGCUUCUCUAUGGACCAGAAAAAGAUUGAGGCGGUUACAUCAUGGCCCCAACCUAAAACAGUCAAGCAAGUCCAGGCCUUCCUGGGAUUUGUGAACUACCUCCGCAGAUUCAUCCCCAACUUUAGCUCCGUGGCUUGUCCCCUUCACAACCUCACAAAAAAGGAAACCCCAUGGUCCUGGGGGACCCAAGAGGAGGAAGCUUUUCAGGAGUUGAAGUCCCUAGUCACCCAGUCCCUGGUCCUGAUUCAUUCAAACCCAGUGCUACCCUAUUUCCUUGAAACAGACGCAUCAGGAGUAGCAAUGGGAGCAAUCCUUAGUCAACAAGGGGAAGACAACCACCUUCAUCCAGUAGCCUAUAUGUCAAAAUCCUUUUCAGGGGCCAAAGCCAACUAUGAUACCCACAACAAGGAACUAUUGGCAAUCAUCAAGGCACUUGAAGAAUGGCGCAUCUUCCUGGAAGCAACGGACAAGCCGGUUCAGGUAUUUACAGAUCAUUGCAACUUGGAAUACUGGAUGCAAGCAAGGACCUUCAAUAGGAGACAUGCUAGAUGGCAAACUUUCCUGAGUGAUUUUAACUUUGAAAUCCACUAUUGCCCAGGAAAACAGUCAGGAAAACCGGAUGCCCUCUCCAGAAGAUUGGAUUACACAGAUCUCCCCACGGAACCAGAGGUCAUGUUACCUUCAGAAGUCUUUGCUAAUACAACGGAAGAGGAACUAGAAAUUGUCACGGAAAUAUGUUCCAAAUUACGGGAAGACCCUUCCCUGGACCAGAUCAUUCAAUUCCUGACAGAAGAUGCUGAUAACGCCCUGCCGUCCAUUCAAAAGGCCUACCAAGAUUAUGACUGGGAGGAAGAUCUACUCUGGUACCAGGGAAAACUUGUAGUACCCAACCACAAACCCCUAAAGGAGAGACUUCUGAAAGAAUUCCACAACUCCCCCUUAGCAGGACACCCAGGGCAACAGAGAACUCUGGAACUUCUGAGUUGCAACUAUUGGUGGCCAGGCAUGAAAGCUUCAGCCAAAGAAUGGGUAGAGUGCUGCCCAGUUUGCCAAGCCAACCAACGCGCCCACGCUCCUGUCAUAUCCCUGAAACCCUUAGAAGUUCCCCUGUACCCAUUCCAUACUAUCUUGUAUGACUUCAUCACAGGGUUCCCCAGAUCCCAGGGUCACAACGCUAUACUAGUGGUAAUUGACUCCUUCUCAAAGUUUGGUCAUUUUAUUCCAACCUUGAAAAAGGUGAUGUCAAAGGGACUAGCAGACUUAUUUGUCAAUCACAUCUGGAAGCUUCAUGGACUACCCAUAAAAACCGUCUCCAAUAGAGGUACCACAUUCACAGGAAAAUUCCUUAGAGCACUGUAUCAACGCCUUGGGAUAAAGCCUGCCUUCUCAUUGGCCUAUCACCCAGAAUCAGACGGCCAAACAGAAAGGGUUAAUCAAUUCAUAGAGUUCUACCUCAGAUUGUACGUAGCAGCAGACCACUUGGAUUGGACCACAUGGUUACCACUGGCUGAGUACGCCUAUAACAAUGCCAAGCAUGCCGCUACAGGAAAAACCCCUUUUGAACUAGUCUAUGGAAGAAAUCCUGUUAUGAACCCGUCAAAUGUCCCAGCAAACAUCCCAGAAGCCAAUCUUGUGGCAGACACCCUUGCAUGA